AACGGACGCUACUGCCACGCCUCGCUAGUGAUACUAUGAAACAUCUUCGCACAUGUGCCUAUAAAUAAAUAAUGGAAAAAGUAAACAGCAUUCCCCCUUAUGCCGUGCUGUUUCUGUCCACCGUGUUAGUCACUACGUCAGGAACUUGGGACACUGUGUAUCAUCGUAAUAGACAUGUAUCGGGCUUAAGUUCCUCCACGGAAGAAAGUCGGCCACAGCAGCACCCACCCCGCCCCUCUCCGCCCGGCUUUCCCUGGCGUCCCCGGGUCACGGCUCUGUCAGCGGCCACACCAACGUCAAGUCGCCAAGCAGGUCUUCUCGCCGCCGACGCACACGCUUCCUCGCCCAGCCCCGCCCACCCAGCUCUCGUGUAUCUCCUACCUGAGCUCCUGCCUGUCCUUAUCCCUGGGUUUCACUUCGACCCCUUUUUGCGUCCCACCCGGACCUUCGUCGAGAAGCGCGAGGAAGCGUCCUACUUCUCCCAACCGGCACAGGUCAAUGUUGUGUCUCGGCAGGAUAAUAACGUAUAUGAGUUAGGUUAUUCCGCUUCAGAGGAUAGCGAAGGAUGGAAUGAGUCACUCAUUGGGCCUUUUUCUUUAAAGCCUUCGUCAGCUUCGUCCCCCUUUCGUGUCCAUUCUUCCGUCGAAACGCCUUUAGAUUCGUCCCCUUUCUUAUCUCCUCUUCUCCGUUCUUCCUUGUCCCCUUCUGUCGCACCAUCACCGUCCUCCUUCCCGGGGUUUCUUCCUCUUCCCGAAGAUAUAGAACCCAGAGUCAACCCGAUUCAAUUCCCCUCACCAGACAACCCCAGAAUCUACGAAACCUUGUCAAAAGACCGCAUCAUUUUCCCCUCGACCACUGAAACAACCACCAACUUUCCCUUACAGAACUCCAUGCCAUCCUCACCUAUCCCAACCUCACCUCCUAAUGCUACCGUAGUUCCGAAUGUGGUCGUCGUAUCUGAAAAUAACACGGAUAUAAGAGUGAGUAUUAUAGCUCCCCAUCGACCCUGCACAAGACUGUGUCAAUAUUCUGCGGGGCCUGGUGUUUGCCUUACGGAUUUCACAUGCAUCAGAAACUAUAGCUUUCUCCGCGUUCGUCCACAGCUUGUGAAAAAGGAUUGAUUUUUCUGUGUCUAUCUUGCUUUACUUUUUUGUGAUCACUUAUAGUUGCCAGUGUGAGAUCAUGCAUCAGGGAUUUAUUUAUUAUGCAGAGAUUACUUAUAGUUGCCAAAAAUGUAGAUGAGUGAGAUCAUGUUCAAUUUUACGAUGGUAAUUUAUUAAAGUGUCUGCCGUA